UUAGUCAAAAAUGACUUUUUCAUAGCAUGAAUUUUCCGCUAGCAGCUUUCACAGUGACACGAUUCACCCCCGUCAUCCUGUUUAACACAGCGAGCGCUGAUCUGAUACAAGUCCCAACCUUACCCUCGACACAGGACGAGAAACCCUACAGACAUUAAACCAGCUGUUGAAGAACCGUUCUUCUGCAUCAGUUCUCAGGCUUCACCUGCUCUCUUUCUGCCAAAUUCCUCCAGUUAGGUGCCACAUAGCUUCAAUGCAUUAUUUAACUUCAGCUUUAAAAAUAACACAAACGUAGGUGAACCCCAAUAAGAGUCUAAUCCGGGAUCUAACUUUACUAGAAACAAAGUGCUCUGAAUAAAGGUAGAUUUUACUUUGCAAUUAUUUCUUCUUCUCCCCAUCAGACCGAUAACUCUGUUUUAGGCCAUGGAUGACAUCGAGAUCUCAGAGGACAGAGACAAACUGAAGCGAGGCCUGGUGAAGGCACUGCAGUGUGUAUCCGCCAUCUCGUCCGCAGCUGCUGUGGUGAACCCCAUCUUCGGUGUGGUAGGCUCACUGAUUCGCGUCAUCCUCCACCAUGUGGAUGACGGGGAGAUUCAGACCCUUCGACGGGAGUUUGUCAGCGUGAACCGAUCAUUGGAUGAGAUUUCGAGGCAAAACCAGAGCACGUUGCUCCAGAUCAAGAAGGAGACACUGGACGGGCAAUACAACCAAGUAGAGAACAACCUACGCAACCAGUUCCGUAAGUUUAUGGAGGUGGUGAAGGCACGACCCGAGCACGUGGAGAGCAAGCGCAACGAUUUUGAGGAAAGCUUUGCCAACGACUUGGGCGACCAGAACCUGCACACACUCUACGAUGGUGUAAUGGGCAAGCCCAAGCUGUUCAGCCGGCCCAUCCUCGACGUCUACAUGACUUACUCUAAAGGAGAGAAGAGAGUGAUGGAACGCCUGUGCACACACAUCACCUACCUGUUCUGCAUUGGCCUCAUCGCUCUGAUGGGUUACGCCACGAUCAUCGGUGAUGACGAAGAGGGCCUGAGAGAGGAAUGGGCUGCGAAGAUGGAGGAAGUGCAAGAGAAGAUGCAGGAGGUGCUUAGGAAGUGCAAGUGAUUCCUUUCACCUUAUUCACUGUAAAUUAUUUCAUUAAUCAAGGGACAAAAUUGUAUAAUGGCACAAAAUUUGUCUACUAAACAUCUCAAAAUGUAAAAUUCCUCAGAUAUAAAAUAAACCGUGUUUUAAAGUUUAAA